AUGGUAAUAAUGUUACCGGUACGACGGAUACAACAACGAAUUAUUAUGGAACUGAUUCAGAAAUGGGGAAGAAUUCGGCAGUGGAUGGAAGUGAUAGAGAGACAGACAAUACGACACAAAGUUCAUUGGGUGAUCUGAAAGAAGUUGUUACUACGCUCAAUCUUUCAGAAGCACAAACUGCUGCAUUUGUAAAAAUCAUUGGAAAAAUUGUUGAUGAAGAGCUUAAAAGACGUCAUGAUGAGGAAUCAAAAUUCACUGAAACAUCAGAAAAACCAAAAUUAGUUGCUGCCAAAUUCUAUGAACUCGAUAAUGAUUCUGAAAAAACUAUCAAUGAUCAACAUGAAGAAGAAAUAAGACCGCAUGAAAAACUUACCGCAAAUACACGGUUGAGUUUUGAUGAACAACGUAUUAUUGAUGAUUAUCGUAAUUGGCACGAUGAAAUUUCGGAAGCAUUAGUUGCAGAAUCAUUAAAAUUAGAUCCUCAAAAAGAAGGUAAGUGGAAGACAGAUUAUAUGGCACAUGAACAAGCCGAAUAUGAUCGAUUAGUAAGCGGAAUUACUGGUGCAACAUCACAACCUGAUCAUUUAAAAAUCAAGUCUAUUCAAAGUAGCAGUCAGGAAUUGUUAAGGACAACAAUUAGCAGCAGUACAAGCACCGAAGAACCACAAACCAGUAGUUCAAUACUUCAUGAGAAAGUAGGAUUACAACCAGUUGAGCAACCUUACAUAUUUAAUAGAACAACGAUAAUCUAUGGAAAAGUAACAUCAAUUCCAAAAACAGUAUUUGAACGACAAGCAGAAGAUUUUCGAAGUCGACUGCUUGGAAAUAACGGUUUCGGCGAUAUUAUUAAUGCAUUGAAGCAUGCUAAAAUCGGAUUUUUUGAAAGGAACUGA